AUUUCAUCCAAAUAAAAUAAAGUAUAUUUAUCCAAUCAUGUUGUUUACAAAUUGUUCAUAUCAUGUGAUUCAUUUCAUCAUCCAUAUUGAAACAUAUCACAUCAUGUGCAUGCGCAAGAGAUCAGGCGGAAGUGCGUCUCUUGUAGUUGUGAUUGUGCGGGACUUAGCAGUCCGACAUCACGGACCGGGCUUAGUGUACGUACAUGGUACUUAGGUUUUCGAGUACCACCNUUUCAUCCAAAUAAAAUAAAGUAUAUUUAUCCAAUCAUGUUGUUUACAAAUUGUUCAUAUCAUGUGAUUCAUUUCAUCAUCCAUAUUGAAACAUAUCACAUCAUGUGCAUGCGCAAGAGAUCAGGCGGAAGUGCGUCUCUUGUAGUUGUGAUUGUGCGGGACUUAGCAGUCCGACAUCACGGACCGGGCUUAGUGUACGUACAUGGUACUUAGGUUUUCGAGUACCACCCCUAUUUCUGCUUCUCUUGUUGUCUAUGAUUUUGAACACACAACAAAUGACACUGAAUUUUCUGCUAUGAUUGAUGCUUGGUGUCUUUGCGAUGGCAACAACGCUUGGGAUGUAUGCCAUCGGUCAACAACUUCAAGCUCAAGUACAGGCAUUUGCUGCGUAGGCCAGAGGUCUUCUUCGUCAUAAAGUGUCCCGGUAGCAUAAGCCACCAUCCAUUGCACUUUUAACCAGAGGACAACUACAAUGACUCAAGCUUCAACUUGCACUUUUGGACACGGAGUUUGAUGACUUAGUGUUUCCUUGGAAGAAGAAAAAUAUGGAGAACAAAUCCUCAGCUUGCCAUGAUUGCAUCCGGUUGUCUCCUUCUGGAGCUCCAUGAUCCGGAGGACGUUGAAAGGGAGAGGCAAGCCAUUGACAGACGCCGGGCGGAGGAAUUGGCCCGGAAUAACAAGGUGAAUGAAGGCCGGGCUAACGAUGCAAGCCGGAUCAUCUGCGAUGGAAACGAAAACCCGCGGGGAUCUGUCUUUGAAAGGAUAUCUCGCCAGAAAGCUCACGUUAGUGAGAGGCUGGGCAAGAAUCCGGAGAAGGCACCCCAGGGUUGGAUACGACCCCAGGCGAGCCAGGUGGCGUCUUCUAAUCGUGAACCUCGGCAGCGGAACGGCCGUGGUUUGAGCCAAGUGCCGGUCCGGUCAUUGGGGGAUCUGGAGGAGGAUGAGGUGCAAAGCCAAGACAGGGUCCCAGCACCACGCCGUCUGGGGCUGCCGGCGCCGGAAGCUGGUGAAUUCCAAGAUCUGAGGCAAGAGAUCCAAGAGAUGCAGAGGAAGAUAAACAAGGGUCGAGUAUUCACAACCCGAACAAAUACUCCCUUGGCUCCGGAGAUCUUUGCGGAACCAUAUCCACAGGGAUUCAAAAUGCCAUUUGUUAAGCGUUAUGACGGCGAGUCAGACCCCCAAGAGCACAUAAAUAGCUAUGUCCAGGUGAUGAUCGCCGUGGACGCCAGUGACGCACUCAUGUGUCGGUGCUUCUUGCAGACCGUUGAUAGCAAGGUUGCAGACUGGGUCAACCAUAUCCCUGCCGGAUCAAUCCAAACAUGGGAUGAGUUGGGACUACGGUUCCUAGAGCAUUUCGCCGGGAACUACCGUCCCAAGAAGCAUUUCACUCACUUGGCUUCAGUACGACAAAAGCAUGGAGAAUCCUUGAAGAAUUUCCUUAUACGAUGGAGGAAAGAGUCUAGGGAGGUUGAAGGAACCGAUGAUAAAUCCAGGUUGGCUAUGUUCACAGCGGCAUUACAGGAUGGGCUCUUUCACACUGAUCUCACUACUCAUCCCCCGGAUACAUUCGAAGAAGCGAUGGUCCGGGCGGGGAGGUACGUGACUCCUAAAGAAGAAGAGAAGACGGGAAAUAAGAAGCCGUUCAAGAAUAAGAAGCAAGGCUUCCCAGAUGGCCCAAAGGGCGCAAGUCUUGGGACCUCGGAGAAGCAUAAAUCCGCCAAUCCAGUCUUCACAUUGCCGGUGGCCGAGGUCAUGGCCCACGCUGCACAGCAGGGACUCAUGACUUACCCAACCUAUUCUCAGAAGGUCUGCAAUGUGGAAGACACUGGAAAAUGGUGUGCCUACCAUCGCAAGAAUGACCAUAACACAGAAGAUUGUUAUACUCUGAAGAAUGAGAUGGCAAGGCUGAUCCGCCGGGGUCAUCUGAAGAAGUUUGUACAAGAUGGUGACACCGGGAAUCCCGGAAAUGCUCAGAAUGGAAAGCACAGAGAUAAGGAAGUGGCCCAGGCUGAGGCCCGAGAGAAACGCCACAUCGGGCUUGAAGACGAAGAGGAGGAUUCGGAACCCGCACCGCAUCGCCAGAAGAGACACCAUGGGUGUAACUUCAUCAUUGGAGGGAAUACUGGUGGGGACUCGGCCACAAGCCGGAAGAAGUGGGCAAAUGCGGCACUGGUCAACAAGGUGCUGGUCCCGGAAGGUAAGAAGCUGAAAAUCGAGCCUAUUGUAUUUUCUAAUGCUGAUCUUCCAGAGACAGGGGUCCCCCACAGGGAUGCCCUAGUGAUUACAAUCGAUAUAAUGGACUUGCUGAUCCACAAAACCCUAGUGGAUACGGGAAGCUCCGUUAAUAUCAUGUAUAUGGAUACGUACAAGGCUUUGGGUUUGACAAGGGACGAGUUAUCACCCAUCAAGACUCCACUGACCGGGUUCACUGGUGACUCUAUUGAACCGGAGGGAGUGAUAACCCUCCCGGUUGAAAUAGGGGAUACUAAGGCCACACGAAAGCUGGACAUGGAGUUUGUCGUGGUGGGGAUAAUCUCCAGCACAAAUAUUAUCCUGGGCAGACCCGGAUUGGAAGAUUUGGAGUGUGUCAUCUCACCUCGUCACCUCUGCAUAACAUUCCCAACCCCCCACGGAGUUGGAAUUGCCAGGGGAUCUCACAGAGUAUCCCCGGCAUGGUAUUUGAAGGCAACCAAACAACCGGUCAAGUACGAUACCCAAGUGGGAGAGGUGACUGCGCAACUCCUGAGGGCUGAGGAGAAACGUCCCAGAGUAGAAGUGGCUGGCGACAUUGAAGAAGUGGAGCUGGAGCCAGGCACGCCGGGAAGGUUGGUCAGGAUUUGCAAGGACCUGGGGGCUGAACUCAGAGCACGAGUGAUUUCGGUCCUUAGAAGGUUCAGAAGGGUCUUUGCGUGGAGUCCAGCUGAUAUGCCAGGGCUGGACCAUAAAAUAGCAGUUCAUCGCCUGAAUGUGCUACCAGAUGCUAAACCAGUGAAGCAGAAACGAAGGCAUUUAUCACAGGAAAGAAGAGAUUUUGUGAAGAAGGAGUUGUGGUUGGUCAUCAAGAAUGGCGAGGAAAUUCCAACGAAGAAGGUCGGUGAAAAACUCGUCCCAAAGACCGAGGACGAAUUUGAUGCCGAGGACAUCAAAAAGGUGGAGAACUACGCCAAAGCAAUCAACAUGCUGUAUUGUGCUGUCAAUCCUGAUGAUUAUCGCAAGAUCUCUUGCUGCACCACUGCCA